GUAAAACAGUAUUAGUGUGUUUUUGAGUUUCUUUGCGUUAAGUUAGCAUAAAAGUAUUUAAAAUGAAAUCCAACGCGAGUGUUGCGCUUGUUGCAGUGUAUUUGUUCGGUGUUAUUGUUUCAAUGUAUAGUUCGCCCAUGGUACCAGACGGUGGCGAGACAUCGGGGACAUCAGAGACAUCAAACACUUGUCUUGUAUCUUUAAGAAACUUUAUAACAAAACUUGUGACUUGCAUUAUACCAGGCGACGACGAAACCUUGCCACCAUCUAUAAGAAACUACAUAAUAAAUAUUUUGAUUCACAGGAGUCGUCCACCAGGAUUUUCCGAUGGUGAAAUAUUACAUAUUGUAACAGAUCCUGAUUUUUUGAAAAAAAUAGAUAGUUAUAAAGAUAAUAGUUUUAUAUCAGACUAUUUGAAAUUUCAAUUAGACCCUGAGUUUAUUGCACGGGUUACCGAGGUCCAAGACCAAAUUAUUCUUGGAUAUCUAAAUGAAAAUUCAGUCAACCAAAAUAAGAUAGCACGUGAUGCUUUACUCGAUAUAACAAAAAAGAAAUUAAAUGAGAUGAAGGACAAUAAUGAAUUAAAAACUUUAGAAAAUUAUGCAAUUACCGACAAUGAACUAAUAAAAGUCAUCAAUUAUUUCAUAAGUGAUGUGAACAUGGAUUUAUAAAACAAAAGUAUCGAUAAUUUGCAAAUUAUAAUUCAUUCGGUUUUGUUUGA